UUUGAGUACAUUACAAACAAGUUGCAGAUAAGACGACAAGAACGACCCUCCCGGGGGUAGUACCUACUGAAACCUUUCAACGUGACACCGUGUCCACGGGGCUGUCAGGAACACAUUUCAUUGCUUUGACUGGAUGAAUUGUGCGGAGUUUGCGGACUCAACUUUUGAAUACUUGGGAGAUAUUGACGCUGAUGGGACAUGACGAUGGACUCUCCAUCAACAUCAACAGCGGGACCAGCUAAAGAAUCUAACUCAGAGCUUUCACGCCUUGGGGGCAUUGAGGACUUGAAAUUGAAAGUGGGGCCGGCGCGGAGGAACCUCUUCGGGCCCGUGGACCACCAGCAGCUGCAGCAGGACUUCCAGCGGCUGCACUGCAUGAACCUGGAGAUGGCCAACAAGCGCUGGAACUUCAAUUUCCAGAGUGAAGAGCCAGGAAAGGGCUCCAACAUCGAGUGGGAGGAGCUCAGGUACCAGGAUGUGCCAGCGUUUUACCACAGCUGCACGGUUAGCCCAGUGCCGCGUCCAAAGGCCAAAAGGCGGACAUCGUCUUCGUCGGGCGAGGGUUCCCCGGGGUCCAGCAGCUCGUCCGGGUGUGGGGAUGAGUACUUGGAGGUGACCACAAGGGAGUACUACCGGAUCCAACGGCAAGGAAAACGCAGACAGUCUACCAUCACAGAUUUCUUCAAGGUGAAGAAGAUGAAGCUUCUGCAUCACAAAGCAUCUUCUUGGCAGUAGAAACACACAACUAGACCCAGUGGAGGAUCACUUAGUGGUCGACAUCCCUCUACACAUCACCUCACAUAGGUGUGUGUGUGUGUGUGUGUGUGUGUGUGUGUGUGUGCGUGUGCGUGUGUGCGUGUAGCAAUUUGUAACUGACUGUCCACCAGCUGGGCUUAAAAACUCCUCUGACACCAUAUACCUUAAAUUCUCAGCACAAGGAAGCUAACAUUUCCUAGUAAACAACCCAGACUUUAGGAAAGUUCUUUGUAGAUAAUUAUAAAUAUUAUAUAUGUUCUAUAUACUGUUUUCCUCAGCUUUUGACUAUACUGUGAAAUUACUUUGAAUGCACUCUUCAUAACAGAAAACAGGCUCGAGUUUUAAGAGGUUAAUUUUCUUCUGAACGAGCCUCGUGUAGUGUUUGACCUCAGUCUUUGACCUUUUUUUUUUCUCCCUCUUGCUAAAAGUCAUAAGAGGUUUUGAUGAGAUGAGUUACUAUUCCUGGCUUCGCACCACACUUAGCCUUUAGUCUCACCCCAGGGCUCCAAUAGCACGAGUCAAGCCAGAGGUCAAAACCUCACCCAGGGCUCACAAUUUGGCAGCGCGACUGUGAUUAGCUCUGGGGCAAAGGUCAACAGAGGAGGUUAGGCUAUGCGGUAAUGCGGCCGUACCUGUACAACAGUGACACAUUCCUAUAAGACUAUUUAUUCACGAUGCUAGAUAGUAAAAAAAAAAACAUUAAAAAUAAUUAGACAAGCAAUGUGUGAAACAAAAUUAGAGGUUUGUGGAAACCUGUGUCAUUAUAAGUCAUUUACACUCCACCAUUGCCACUUUACAAAUACUGGCCAUAUACAUUUCUCACCAUCACAAGAAAGAUCAACUGCAAAUCAUAUUUCCUUUUUGCUUUGCAUUGUUUGCAUAAUAUGGCAACAGACCAGAACAUACGUUAUACGUUUUGUCAGCUUUAUGCUUGUAAUAAUGUAGCAUUUUAUCCCCGUGUUGCAGCUCAGAGGAAUCCAAACCGUUUGGUAAUUUAUAUGAAGAGUUGAGCUGCUUCACUUGUUCUGUCUCUGUGCCGUUCUUUUAAUGUUUGUGUGUAUUUGCAUUUAAGCGUUUCCUUUGUGUAUGAAUGUGUUGGUUUGGGGUUUAUCUUGGAGGUUUUUCACAAGUUGUAAUAGUUGUGGCAGCUGAGGCCGUUGAACCAAAGAGAAAUUGCUGUGCCAUUAAAUUAGAAACAUUACUCUACAGCUCGCUCACUGUUUGACUGAUCACUCAUGGGUCACAGAAGGUCUCAAACAAUGUCGAGAGCGUCAAAUAUAUUGUGUAAACUCACCGAAACUGCUCAACUAACACUCAAAAAGGGUGUGCCUACUUCGUUUUCCCUGCCUACAGCCGUUCUUAUUUGCGUAUGGAUAAAAAGCCAUAACCUGGAUUAAUCCAUUCUUACUACCUCAUCGAGUGAUUCAGUAAAACAAACAAGUUACGUUCAAGUUAAUUGCUAAAAAAAACAAAACCAUUGCAGCUCAGGUUGUUUGCGUCUACAGACGAAGGAGAGACAGAGAGACAGAAACAAAGGGGGGGGGGGGGCUUAUUAUUGUGUUGUGGUAAAAGCUGUCGAGGUUUCACAUCAGGUGUCUGCCUCACUUUGCUCGCACACAAAUAGAGCAGAGGAAUAGUCGGGGGGGGGGGGGGGAGAGAGAGAAAAACUUUAAUAAGGGAACCUUCAUCAGAACAUGUUAUUCAGACACGCUUUUGUCUUCCCCUUUUUAAAGUCUCUCAGUCUGUCUUUCGUGAACCAACCGCCUCAGUCUGCGAAAAAUCAUUGUGAAAGCAGUUGCUCAUAAACAUGUUAUUCUUUCAUGGCUCCACAAGGUGAUGUUUCACAGAUCUUAAAAAGCAAACAUGGCUAUUUGAAAUUGUUUUAAAUUUAUCAGGAUUAAUUGUUUUUUUUGUCAACAUGUGUGUGUCAGACAAUAUUUGUGUGCACACAUCUUCUCAGACGAAACUUUUAAAAUUAUUUUAACUUAUUUUGAGUUUGUAUCUUUUGUUAUGUAGGGAAAUAAUAAUUCCCUAUUUUUUUUUAUAUAACUAACUGUUAUUUACAGAACUAUAUAUUUGCACUACUUUAAAAACAUUGACAAGAGAACUUUUUUUUUAUUUUAUUUUUUAAAUGGUAAUAUUAUAAAAAACAAAUACAAAUACUCUGUGAAACUGAGCACAGAUUAGGAGGUUCUUGACUUUAAUUCAAUAUUUAUCAGAAAUAUUUGUUCAUGAGGGUUUUUUGGUAGUCUUGUUCCUCAAGUCUGUCAAGUGUUAAAAAGUAAAUAAAUAAAAUUAUAAUGUCAAGAAUGAUCCGUUAGUGUUUCACUGUGGCCAAGCAAACUUUGCUUUCCUUAAAUCACCUGACGCAGCUAUAUCAAAGUGUAGCUUUUUCUUGUUUGAUUUUGUAUAUGCAUGUAUGAUAAUCUUUGUACGACAUUUGUAAUAAUUAUAUUGUAAUUUAAUGCAGGUUUAUGUACCCUUGCAACAUGUAAGAAGUGUAUUUGUAUGUGAUCAGAAUCAUAUCCUUUUUGAUAAUAAUUGUAAAGAAAAUAAAUUGCUGGGUUGUUGGUGCAUUGUUGCUUUUCAUUUUGAGGAUUUCAUAUAGCGUACUCAAAAUAAUAAACAAGAUUUUGAGACUAUAAAA